AGUCGUGAGUUUCCGGCCAACAAUACGCUCGACUAGACGCGCUUAAGCUUUAAGUUUUAAACAAAUAAAAUGACUAAAUUAGUACUGAUCUGUCUGCUGUCGCUGGCACUUGUCCAGUGCGCGCUGUCCGAGAAUCCUGCCGAGGCGCUGAAUCAGCACAUACGCGUGCAGCUGCAGGAGUAUGAAAAGUUCCUGGCCAACGACGAUGGCUCCCACAAGGAGGAACUGCAGAAGCUCAUCAAGAUCUACGAGUCGGCGCUGAAGACCGAGGACUUUGCCGAGAAGGAGACCAUUGUCAAGGGUGUGACCGCGCAGUUCUCUGCCGAGUUUGGCGCCUUUGUGCAGCUGCAGCUGCAGAUGGAUCAGCUUGCUGAGGAUAUCAAGUCUGCCAUUGGCUUCUAUAAGACCAUCGAUGCCUCGUUCAAGGCUGAUGCCGACAAGGCUAUUGCCGAUCUGCAGGCUAUGGAGCAGAUGACCGACUUCGAGGCCAAGAAGAAUGCUUUCCUCAAUCUGCAAACGACUUUCAGACCCGAGUUUGUCGAGUUCCUCAAGAAGGACUCGCUGCCCAAGAUCAUGCUGGAUCUGCAGAACUCCAUUCAGUUCUUCGAGACGCUGCUGGCCGCCGAUGCCAACAUCAAGUUCGCCAGCGAGAUUGCGGCACUGAAGGCUCAGGCCCAGGCUGCCAUGGCCGAGAAUGUGAGCAUUGAUGAUAAGCAGAAGGCUCUGUUCGAGAUCACCAACCCGUCCAAUGCCGAGCUCUACGAGUUCCUGCAGAAGAAAUUCAUCGAAGCUAACUAAGCUGCCUGCGAAAUCGAUUGAUUCCAUUCGAUUCGAUUUCCCAUUCAUUGCUCAUUACUAUAACUAAACUAUUUGUGUGUGUUAAUA